GCUGCCGUUGCCGCGACCACGUCCACCACGGCGACCUCGACGACGAUCUCCACCGCCACGGCCGCCUCUGCCCUCGCCUCCGUUCUCUUCCAUCGCCAAUCCCGACCGCCGACGUCGUCGUGAUUCCCGGCCUGCCCCAGCCCGCUCCCGCUGCGGGCCCAAACCUCUCUCCAGCGAGAAGUACACGUUCCGCCCUCCCCCCGGCGCACGGCCCGAGCGCGUCGUUUCAUGCGCCCCCAUUUUGUUGUUGUUAUUUUGUCGCUGCCUCGCACGCGCGCCCUCGUCCAGCAGCCAGCCAGCUCUACAUGUCAACCGCGAAUCCUCCGCCAGGCGCCAUGCCUGUAGCGACCGACCUUUCCUCGUCUGACCCCGAUCCCUUCGUGCAGCCCGCAACGCCGUCAAUGGCACACGACGUCCCGCGCUUCCGCUACGGCGGCUUCGACAGUGGCGCCUUCUCGCUGUUUGCAACGGGGUCGCCCGCGCAGGCCAAACGCGCCCUCGAAGCCCAUCUUGCCGAGACCGAAAGGCGGCUGCAGGAGGCUUCGCGCGUCGGCCAGGUGCUCGUGGCCCAGCGAAAGGAGCUGGUCGACAAGCUGAGGGAGGUCGAGAGCCAGCCCCAGGAUGACGAGGUCAGUCCCGCCCUCAAGGCCAGGCUGCUGGACCUCGAGAAGGAGUUCAACGACGUCAAUCGCGAGACCGCCCGCAUCUUCGUCGGCAAAAACAGGGUGCCCAGCGGCGGCGAGGCCCCCCCCGAGCGCGAAGUCACCGAGUUUGGCGGCGUCGCGCAUCCAAGCCCGUCCAAGGCGCACGCGCCCUCCCGCAAGCAACGCAACCAGCAGCCGAGCAGAGUCAACGACUUGCAGCUCGCAACAGACAUCAGUGCCGAGCUGCUGGAGCAGGUGCGCAUGCUGCAGGCAUCGCUCGCCGAGAAGGACGCCUUGCUCAAGGAGGUCAUGCUGGAGAAGACCCAUCUCGAGGCCGAGCUAGAAGUCACUCGACAGAGGGUGAAGGCGCUGGACGAGAGCGAGCAGCGCUACAAGGACGAGACCUGGGCGCUUGAAACGCAGCUGCACGAGCUCUCCGCCACCCACAAGGAGGCCACCGUGCGGGAGCAGCGCUUGACGCAGAGCCUCAACACGACUUCGGCCGCAAAAGCCGCACUGGAGCGUGACUUGGAAGACCUGAAGCAGGCGCACGCUAAGCUCGCCGACGAUCACGCUGCUGCGCGCAGGCAACACGAGGCCGAGCUUAUCGCUCUCAAGAAGAAUGCAACGCAGGACGAAACUCAGAUCACCGGUCUGCACAAGAAAGUCGAAGAGCUCACCUCACAAAACAGGGAGCUGGCUCAGGCGUUCGCGUACCGCAUGGGCGAGCAAUCGCGCCAAGUGUCUGCCGAAAGCGCGCUGAGCGGCGAGGCGAUCCCGUCCGACGUCGAGACGCCCGACGACUCUCCCCCUGGCUCCCCGAGCAAAGCAACACCCCGACAUGGUGCUCUGCACGAGGAGACGACCAAGAGCGCGUUGAACCACGCUUACCGCACGAUCCAGAACCUGAAGAAUCAGUUGCAUCGGGAGAAGACGGAGAAGAUGGAGUACAGGCGUCUGCUGCAGGAUGCCAGAGACGAUCUCGAAGCGCGUCGGACCGGCAGUGCCGCCGGCGUGGACAGUGGCAAGAAGCGAAGGUCCAACAAAGAGGGCGAGUUGUUCAAGAAACCCUCACGGCCCGACCGGCUGGGUGAGGCCAGAGGAAGCAAGGAGGAGAUCAUGCUCGACGAGGAUGGAGACUGGGAAGAUCACGACCCUGUGGACACACCGAGCAAGUCUCGUGCUGUGCCAUCGCAAACUGGUGCGGGAAAUCGCAUGUCCGUCAUCUCGAGCUCAACGGAUGCGUAUGCAACGGCAACAGAGAACUCGGAUGCCUUUGAGACGGCGAAUGAGCGCGACGCAACAGGCACAGAGAGUGACGCCUUCCAGACUGGCGCAGAGACUCUUGAUGGCGAUAGCGACCUCACGGAGACCGAGUCCGGAGCCGCGCGUGGUGCACGCGCCGGCAAGAGACCGAACCACGUCCACCGCAUGUCUUUCCAGAGCACGGCGUCCACGUCUGCGGACGAGCUCGAAGAUGAUGACUCCGAGCUCAAGACUCCUGUCCAAUCCCAGAAUUCUAAAUUCAAGCUUCGCGUUAACAGAGGCGGUGCGCGCAGACUCUCCGCUCGCGAUGGCGCUACGUCUCGCAGCUUUGAGGAUUCGCCGGCCACGGUGUCAAGCAACAACAGCACACCAAUCGCCCAGGGACAAAGCUUGUUCGCCGAACUGGGCAAUCUGAGCGAUCAGGAGACGGAGGAUGGCACCCCAACGAGCUCCAAGAUGCUAUCGCCUUUGGCGUCACCGGAAGUCCUCAAGCGGAGUCCAGCACCGAGUAGACUUCGCGAAUCGACGGUCUCGACAGAGGAGAAUCCGAAACCGGUCAUGGCGGAUAUUGGCGUCAUGACGGAGCCGUGGGAGCCUACUACGGCCGUAGAAGUGCAGCCUUCGGCUCCGUCGCAGCUUCUCGCAGCGUCGGGUCCCAUGUCGAGAGGUACCGAUCCCGCCACACCGGUGUUGGCUGACUUCCCGGCGCCUCCCGCGCAUUCGGCGUCGACAUCCAUGUUGCAGGAGUCCAAGCCGAGGGAUGUCGAGCGCGCUCCCGGUCCAAAGCUCGCGCCGUCGGCGGUGAUAUCACAACACACCGAUCCCGUCGAGCCACCAGAGACUGCACCUCCUUCGUUGGGAUAUUCUUCUGUUCUCUCUCAUCAGACAUCGCCGAUCGAGCCACCCCCUACAAAACUCGUGGAGGCUCCACGUCCUGUGCUUUCCUUCUCCUCAACCAUCCACGAGGAUACCGCGCCGGUUGAGACUGAGGCGUCUCGGCCAUCAACAGCCACUAAAGUCGCCGAAACAGCGGCUGUGGGAACCGGGGUUGGCUUCCUCGGCGGCUUGCUCGGUCGCAAGAAGGGUCAAGACGCAACCACGAUUGCUGAAGACGAGACCAGUCAGCCGCCUCGAGCCCCAGACAAGCACUCGUCUUCCAACGUGGUUGGCACAUCGACGGACCGUCUUCCGCUUCGCCAAAUCGAAGGCAACGCUCCUCCGUCGCCGGAACGCAAAGCGAUCAGGGAUGGGAAGUCGAUGCUCAAACCACUCGUUAUCCAGACAUCGAACGAGGCCACGCAGACAGCGCUGUCCGCCGAAGAUCUGGAGAGGCUGUUGCGAUCCACCGGCCCGGCUGAGACCGCCUCUUCCGUUGUCAAGCCAGUUGUCUCGCCUAGCAAAGGGUCGUUUGGGACCUCCAGCCCCCGGCGCUCCAGAGAACAAGUUACGUCCCAGGAACGAGCUCCCCUUCGCCGUCCCGGUAGUGCGGGCAGCAUGCGCAGUAGGGAGCGAUCCCCAGCGCCGCCGCUGCCUACGGAAGCGAAACAGGCCAUUGCUGCCGCUGCGGCUGCUGCUCCUCCCAAGCCGUCUUCCUCAGCAUCCUCCACGGUCCCCACACCUGCGUUUGGUUCGAUGCCCCCGCCGACGAUGCCGGCGUCCGCGUACAGGCAGAGCCAGCAGAUCAAUCAGACGUCGAGGCCGCAAACGCCACGGAUGAACCCACAUGUUGCCGUCGCUCAGAGCCCUGCACGAGUCACCGGCGCCAGCAACACCGGCCGACCGAGCACGGCGAGCAAGGUCCAAGUCGCUUCCCCUACGACCACGAGGAGAUCGUCCGUAUCGUCCUUUGCGUCAGAACUCGAUCAUAGGUUUAACAUUACCUCUGGAGGCCCCUUCGAGAGCGUGUACAACGACGGCAAUGUCAAUGAUCCGCGCAUGAUCCAAGCCAUCACACAGACGAUGAUUGGGGAGUACAUGUACAAGUACACGCGCAAGGCAGGCUCCAGUGAGAUGAGCUCAACUCGUCACAGGCGCUUCUUCUGGGUCCACCCGUAUACACGUACGCUUUACUGGAGCGAGAAGAACCCUGCAGAGGCAGGCAAGGAGCAGGUCAAGGCCAAGAGCGUGCAGAUCGAGGCUGUCCGCAUCGUAACAGAUGAUAACCCACUUCCUCCCGGCUUGCACAGGAAGAGUCUUGUGGUUACUACACCAGGACGCACGAUCAAACUCACCGCAACGACAAGUCAGAGACACGAGACCUGGAGCAAUGCGCUGACCUACCUACUACUUAAGACAGGCGCGGAGCGCGACGCAGAGAGCAUGGCAGCGAGCGAGGAUGCUGCCGAGUUUAACCCUGCCCUCGGCGGACCGCGUAGCACUUCGCGCGCAACAGGUCGGUCGAGAGCGAGCGUCUCGUCGUAUAUGAGCCGCGCGACGACGACGCGCACGGCAAGCCCACAACGUCAACAGCAUGCCACAUUGCGUUCCUCGUCCGCUCAAGGUAUGCGCUCGCAUAGCCAAAAUAGGGCUUCACUAUCCAACAGACUAAGCGCUAUCGCGGGAUCUAUCGCUUCGAGACACAGCAGAUCAUCUAUGGCGACGGAGCACCUCGAGGAGCACAAUCCAAACGACAGCGCCGAGGACUUGAGGCGGCUGAUCGAGCAGCAGGAACGCGAAGCAGACCGGUUGGAGAAUGUGAGGGCGUGUUGCGAUGGCCAGCACGAUGUCGCCACCCUCUCGAGAACGUCAAGGCAUAGUCGGACGUUCUCUACAAGGGGUCAUUUGCAUACUCAUAGCCAUAGUCAUGCCAAUAGCUCGGCUACUGCCACGCCGAACCGUACCGCUAUCGGCAAGAAUGCGUAGUUCUUACAAAGUCUUUUCACCCCGUCGAUUGAUCAACACUUCAGAACGACCACUCUUUUGGACUCUGCCCUGAACCAGGAACAGUACCAUGGCAGGGGGCAGAGGCAUAGCCGUUGGGCACUCGAGACGUGUCUACUUUAUUUUCCUUUGUAACAACGUUCAUUCAUUCAUUGAGAUCAAAUUUGCAGAUUGCUGGAUUGUAAUUGGACCUAGGCUGGUGGAGAAGAUUCAGAGAUGCCUUGACGAAAACUUUAUGAUAAUGAACAUCGAAACACUAAAAGGGCUCAAUUUGUCUGGCGAUUGCGAGAAAGUGCGGUUGGAGUCUCUCCUUUUUUGGUGUGCCAAAACUGCCAGACUUUUGUUUGUUUGUCAAUGUUAGAAAACUAAUGUCUCUUCAUCCUCCCGUACA